UUCCCCAAGAAUCUGGGCCCCGCCCCCUCCCGGCCUGGCCGCUGGGAACGGGGUGUAAGGGGGCACGACCCCCCUGCCCCGAGUCAGACAAAGAAUACUUCCCGGGCCGGACUUCCCUGAGCUGGGAAGGGAAGUGGUGAAGUAGGCUCCCCCAGCCCCGGUCCGUGAGGGACUCCCCAAGUCGCGCCGGAGACAGAUGGACUUGGGGGAAACGGGAGGGGGUGGGGACGGCGGUCCCACCGGCCGCGUCGCGUCAGGUGAGGAAGGGACUCGUCUUGCUGAGGUCGCACCUCGGAAGUGCCCGAGCCAGUCAACCCUUCUUCCCAUCCCUCAGUCGGCGCGGAGACUGAGCGGAAAACUUCUUGGGCACGGGAGAGCGUCUGGAAACAGCCCCUGUGAUUCCGUGCGCCGACGGUGGAGGGUGGGGGAGCGAUCUGGCCGGUACCUCUGCGCACCCCUUUGGGGGAGAGCCCUCGCUCCGACGUGUAGGAGGAGCAGAGAGGGCGGCAGCGGGGGUCAGAGGCCACCGGGGAAGUAUCCUGGAGGGACCAAGCAGGAGCUCCCCGCAGACUGAGGACUCUAGUGUCUCGCCUGGACAGUGCCCUCCCCCAGCACCUCUGACCCGCGGCGCUCAAGCCUCGCGUUCCCCAUCAACGCCAAACUAACUUCCUCGGGCUGCUCCAGAGCAGCGCCUGCGGCGCUAGAAAGCGCGGCGCCCGGAGCGAUCCGGGGUGCGGGCUGCCCGGGUAGAGAACUGUGCAAUUUCGCGGGACGCGGAUUCUGAGGCAGAGGCCCGACAGAGGCGGAUCCCCUCUCUCCCCGACUGGGGCGGCCUCGUGAACACACCCGCUCACCCGCUUCCACCCACCCCGACUCUCUAGGUUGGGCGAAAAAGGAUACGGGAACCCAGAGCCCGGGGAGCGCCCUGCUCCUCGCUUUUCACCCUGGCCCCUCUCGCCACCCUUCUCCUGGCCGGUUUCCUCGCUCGGCGGCUAGUUUUAAGGCAUCCGGAGAUCCCUGCGUGUCUGGCACCCCGGCGCCUGGUGUCCCUGCCGGUGGACCGUGGUGCCCAGAGCUGGAGGUAGGGGUAAGGGGCCCUCCAGGAGCAAAUCCGAGUCUGAAGCUGCCACAUCGGCGAUUCCCAAGAAAGCCCAAGAGCAUUUUGGCCAAAGCGGGUUUUACCUGAACUUCAGCAUCUUCACCCCGGUUUCAGCGUACCCGCCUGGAUUCGGGAUUCGUCCCUGCGGAACUGUGUCAGGUCUGGGACUGAGGGUCGCAGUAGCACAGCUUCAGGGGACAGUUGCUAGGGUUGGCCUGAGUGCCCCCUCCUCCCACUCAGAAAGAAGGAGCAGCGGGGUUGUCUGUUUGGCCUGUAGCUGCGGGAAGGUCUACGCCCGCCCAAACCCAGAAGCGCGCUUUGCAUAGACAGCCGGGACUAAAUGGCCUCUAGGCCCGACUGCCCCGACCCCUGGUGAACCAGCCGGUAGGUGCAGAGGCAGAAGGCUGGGCCUAGCUGGACCGAGCUGCCUAAAGGGUAGCCAGCGGCCUCCCUGGAAAACCUCUGCUGAAAACCCCUGCGGGGAAGUAUGCAAGCUUUUUUUUUGUUUUUUUUUUUUGAACUUGAGAAACUUUGCCUUGUCGUGGGUUCUGAGCUCUUUGUUACCUGGCGGCUGGAGGGAGGGCACAGGGGCUGGGCUGUGUACCUGGACAGCUUGCUGGCUCCCGGGUGGCCUUAGAUCUGAGUCCUUCAAAAGUCUGUAAGUUGGCGGCUCCCCAUCUGAGGUCGCUCACACUCUAGUCUUGGGGCAAGGUGGCAUGGGAAGGAGGUAGCAUUGUGGGUGCCUCCACCCCCCCACACACACACACCCAGGCCCAGUGUGAGAUCCGAAUCUCUCCUCCUAGACCCUCAGGCUCUCCUUCACCCUGGCUCCAGCUUUGGCACUAGGUUGGGGGAGAACACAGGAAGCUUCUCUCCUGGCACUAAGCGCCAGGUGCCUGGGCGGGGUUUUCUAUCCUUCUCCCAGUCCUGGGCAGGCUUCCCAGAAGUUAUGGAGUUGGGGAACCCCUGAGCCCUGGGGAGGGAAGAGCCUAACACCAGGGCUGGAGAAUGUCUGGGGCAGGAUAGACCUGGCCCAGCUUGUAAAGGGGCCUGCCCCUGUUCCUUUCUGUGUGAGUACCCUCACACCUAGACACCCAUCCCCCUUCCUCUGCCUUUGGCCAAAAACUUCCUUUCUGGCUGUAGGCAGGUAGGGAGGUCCCUUCUUGCCAGGAAUGUGCAUAUCCUGCUGGGCCCCUACUCUGAACACACCUCUUCCUUGGGGGGAGCUUUCUUUUGAUCCAGUAAUUCCCCAAAUGUUUGCUGAGCCCCUACUCUGUCUGGGCAGGUCCCAGAUGGGGUACUGGGGUACCUGUAUGGUGAAGGCUGGGGUCUGCUGUUGCUGGUGUAGCAGAGAAGGAUAUCAGGUCAGGGGAGAAGGGUGGAGACAGAGUGUCUGUUUCAGAGGAGAGAUCUGAGGUGCAAGGGAGGGAACAGGUCAUCUCCCCAAAGAGCCACCUUUGCCUGAGAGCUGCCCCCUCCUUUCCUGCAUCUUAACCUUGCGCUGCUGCACCACUGCCUUGGCCGUUUCCUGUCUCUGCAGCCUCCAUGCAAGCCCCUCCACUCCAUCCGAAGCAGGCACGGUGUCUUUACUUUCCUAAUAGCCCGAACUGUGUGAAAUAAUAAUUUCUUCCAUCCAAGAAGCUUCUCACAGUUUCCCUUCCUUGAGAUCUUACCACCCUGCCGGCUUCCCCAGACCAAGGCAGGGCAGGUACUAUUUUUGACAGGACUCUGGGGCUUGGUUGGCUGAAAUGGCUUCCUCAGACUCAGCCCCAGAACUCUGGAACCCAGAGCAAGGAAGGAACGCAGGCCUCUCCAGGGCAGAACGUGUGUCGGAGUGGAAAAGGCUUUGGAACUCGGCAGUAGGGAUGGACCCUGGGGACCUUAAUUAAGCUCUUCGAACCUCAAUUUUCGUACAUUGUAAAGUAGGUCAAUAAUACCCACCUUAAAGAGUCCGUUUGGGAGUUGCAGGAGAGAGCAGAUGCGAAGUACCUAGCACAGUGCCUGGCGCGUGGCAGUGCUUGCCGAUCAAGGGGUGGCUUUUAUUUUUAGCUUACCGGCACUGCCAGGCCACAUGUUGGCUGAAUACUGGAAAUACUAGAGUAUUAACCUUCAUUUUUAUAGGGUGGAAAAAUGAAGCCCAGAGAGAAGAGGUGACUUGUCUGAGGUUUCACUGCUACUUAGUAGCAGAGCUGGGACUAAGAUGGGGGUUCCUGUGGGGAAGGGAGAAAGGCAGGGAUGGGAGGAGCUGCCACUCCCUGAUCCACAAGCUCGGCCUAGGCCCCCUCUCUUCCUUCCAGGCGAAGGCUGUAUCUUCCCUUCCUAUUUUCCCUUUAAGGGGGUGGGGGCUCUGGGUUCAGAACCUGGCAUUUCCCACCCGCAUACAACCCUGGAGCAUCCUGCAGGCUAAGGCACUUAGCAUCUCCUAAGGCACUUAUGGAGACAAAUAUAAAAGGGAGAGACAAUUUCCCAGAACUCAGAGGAGGAAAAAUGAUUGGUACCCCUCUUUCCAAAAAAGGAGAUUUCUAGGGUUUGGCAACCCUAGCCUACACAUCCUUAUGGAAGACGUUUGGCAGCAAGUCUCAGACCGGUUUGGGACCUACCACUGAAUGGAUCACCUGGAAGAAGCAAAAAGAAACUCCUCUUGAGCCUGAAGUUACUGGCUGUGUUCAGUGUUGUCUUCCGGGAUACUCCGUAGAAAUACACACCGUCGCUGCUGCCAGUUCCCGCUAAGCUGGGAUCACAGUGGGAACUCUUUCCUUGGAACCUUGUGGCUUUGGAUGCCGUGGCCUUGUGAGAUGUUGUUCCUGGGCCCUUGCAGAGCGUGGACUCAGGGCACGCGUGUCUGAGCUAGAAAGGGAGAGCUCUCAGCACAAAAGGUCCCGCUGGAGCGACAUGAUGGUGGAGUCCGCCUCGGAGACGAUCAGGUCGGCUCCGUCGGGUCAGAAUGGCGUGGGCAGCCUCUCCGGGCAAGCUGAUGGCGGCAGCGGUGGGGCCACGGGCACGGCCGCGGGCUGCUCGGGCAGGGACGUAGCCACUGGUGCGGACAGCAACGGCGAGAUGAGCCCUGCGGAGCUGCUGCACUUCCAGCAGCAACAGGCUCUCCAGGUGGCCCGGCAGUUCCUGUUGCAGCAGGCCUCAGGCCUGAGCUCCCCGGGGAACAAUGACAGCAAGCAGUCUGCCUCUGCCGUGCAGGUGCCCGUGUCGGUGGCCAUGAUGUCGCCGCAGAUGCUCACCCCGCAGCAGAUGCAGCAGAUCCUGUCCCCGCCGCAGCUGCAGGCCCUGCUCCAGCAGCAGCAAGCCCUCAUGCUCCAGCAGCUGCAGGAGUACUACAAGAAACAGCAAGAGCAGCUCCACCUGCAACUCCUCACCCAGCAGCAGGCUGGCAAGCAGCAACCCAAAGAGGCACUGGGGAACAAGCAGCUGGCCUUCCAGCAGCAGCUCCUGCAAAUGCAACAGUUGCAGCAGCAGCACCUGCUCAACCUGCAGAGGCAGGGGCUGGUCAGCCUGCAGCCCAGCCAAGCCUCGGGGCCCCUCCAGACCCUCCCGCAAGCAGCCGUGUGCCCGACGGACCUGCCCCAGCUGUGGAAGGGCGAAGGUACCCCCGGGCAGCCUGCCGAGGACAGCGUCAAGCAGGAGGGGCUGGACCUCACUGGCACAGCUGCCACUGCUACCUCGUUCGCCGCUCCUCCCAAGGUCUCGCCCCCGCUCUCCCACCACACCCUGCCCAACGGACAGCCCACUGUGCUCACAUCUCGGAGAGACAGCUCCUCCCAUGAGGAGACCCCUGGCUCCCACCCCCUGUACGGACAUGGAGAGUGCAAGUGGCCAGGCUGUGAGACCCUGUGUGAAGACCUGGGCCAGUUUAUCAAACACCUCAACACAGAGCACGCCCUGGAUGACCGCAGCACGGCCCAGUGCCGGGUGCAGAUGCAGGUGGUGCAGCAGCUGGAGAUCCAGCUUGCCAAGGAGAGCGAGCGGCUGCAGGCCAUGAUGGCCCACCUGCACAUGCGGCCCUCCGAGCCCAAGCCCUUCAGCCAGCCACUGAACCCGGUUCCUGGCUCCUCUUCAUUCUCUAAGGUGACCGUCUCUGCAGCAGACUCCUUCCCAGAUGGCCUCGUGCACCCCCCAACCUCGGCCGCUGCCCCCGUCACCCCCCUACGGCCCCCCGGCCUCAGCUCUGCCUCCCUCCACAGCGGGGGCCCUGCCCGCCGGAGAAGCAGCGACAAGUUCUGCUCCCCCAUCUCCUCAGAGCUGGCGCAGAACCACGAGUUCUACAAGAACGCCGACGUCAGGCCCCCCUUCACCUACGCCUCCCUCAUCCGCCAGGCCAUCCUGGAAACUCCCGACAGGCAGCUGACCCUGAACGAGAUCUAUAACUGGUUCACCAGGAUGUUCGCCUAUUUCCGCAGAAACACCGCCACCUGGAAGAACGCCGUGCGACACAACCUCAGCCUGCACAAGUGCUUCGUCCGCGUGGAGAACGUCAAGGGUGCCGUGUGGACCGUGGACGAGCGGGAGUACCAGAAGCGGAGACCGCCAAAGAUGACGGGGAGCCCCACCCUGGUCAAGAACAUGAUCUCGGGCCUCAGCUACGGAGCACUUAAUGCCAGCUACCAGGCCGCCCUGGCCGAGAGCAGCUUCCCCCUCCUCAACAGCCCUGGCGUGCUGAACCCCGGCUCUGCCAGCAGCCUCCUGCCCCUCAGCCAUGACGACGCGGGCGCCCCCGUGGAGCCGCUGCCCAGCAACGGCAGCAGCAGCCCCCCUCGCCUCUCCCCACCCCAGUACAGCCACCAGGUGCAGGUGAAAGAGGAGCCCGCGGAGGCGGAGGAGGACCGGCAGCCCGCGCCCUCCCUGGGCCCCCCCAACCCCAGCACCAUGGGGCCCCCAGAAGACAGGGACUUGGAAGAGGAGCUGCCCGGAGAAGAACUGUCCUAAGGGCAUGGCAUCAGGCGGGGCAGGGGUGAGACCCCGCCCUCCUGGGCCCAGCCCCACCUGUCCCACUCCACAGCCCCUCCCAAGCCUGAAGGCACUUCCAGGACUCAGACGGGGGAGCCCUGGGCCAGCAACUCCCCAGGUGACCCGAAACACUUGGGGGCAGGGACGGUCCUCACCCCCAGGGGACACACAGCCCCUGGUCUGGGACCAGUAAAGGACACAUAAAGGACACGGAGGGCCCAGAGCCCUCCUCAGACCCUCCCCCACAUCUGAAUGCCGCCUCCCCCAACCACCAGCAGCAUCAGGGCCCUCCUCCCCCACCAGCUCCCCCUACUGGGCCCCUCGGCGCCACGGAGACCCGCAGGCGGGGCUAAGUCACCCCUCUCAAACCCAGGGCCCCUCGCACCUGGCUCUGGCAGUGUUUUCUGGCCAGAGGCCCCCACUUCCCGAAUUCGUGCUCCCUUCUGCCUUCUUUUCCGUACUGUGAAGAAAUAACUCUCCACCCGCCUCCUACCCCGGCCUGGGUAGGGGAGCUGAAGUUUCAGGCCACCUGGCUCCAGCCCCUGCCCCCAACCUGAGACGGGGACCCAGGAUGAACUGGGCCCUCACCCCCACCCAUUUGCUGGGUGCCCCUCCAGCCACCCCCACGCCAGGGAGCACAGGAAGAGGCCUAGCGCCACCUUGUCCACAGAGGUCUGUGCCAGGUGGGCUUCUGCAGGGGGAGCCGAGCUGCCCCUGAGGCCGAAGGUGGCGCUGGACUGCCAGGAAGCACGGGACGGGCGAGGCUGGACCCCAGCUUCACGCCGCCCGCCUGCAGGUCCCCACCAGUCUUCUCCCACCCCCCUAAGCACCUCUUCCCUGUCCCCCAGUUAAACGGAUGACCAAAGACCUUUCUUAUGCCGGAAGCAAAAACCAAAACUUUUUGUUGGCUUUUUCCUUUGUCGCCUCCCCAGCAUUGCUCUCCCAGCCCUGCACCCAGCCCCAGGCUGGAAGCCCUCCCUCCACUUAAGUUAUUGUUUUAAACCAAAGUUUACAGUGUCUGUUGGUGGCCAAAACCCUCUCCCUCCACCCCUCCUCUGCCCCACCCCGAGGACCCUGGGGCUCAGUGGAGGUGGGGGCCCUGCUCCCUUCCCCUCUGCUCCCGGCCAGCCUGGGCAAGGGGACAGGGCUGAGGGCAGGAGGUGGCUCUCUCACAAAGCCCUUGACCCCAACCCUGGGCUGCUUCCUGGGGGGCCUCCAGACCCGUCUCUAGGACCAAGUCCCCCAAUGCGCUGGGAGUGUGGAUUCCAGCGAAAGAGCUGGAACAAGUGAGACUCUCCACAGACCCCCUAUGGGGGACCCCAACUCGAGGCCAAGGACUGGGUGUGUCGGACGCUCAUAACACCCCGCCUGGCCCCUUUGCUGAGAAGACUCCUUGGACAUGUCCCAAGAACCCCACGUACCCCUCACAAGCCGCCCUCCUGAGAGGCAGGGGGCCCUCGGCCCCUCCCCAUGUACUCCCUACCUGUGUUCCGUUUGACCAGCACAGAAAUAUUAAACGUCCUCUAUUCACUGGGCC